AUGUUGGUGAAGAGUUUAGUGGCUUUGGCCACCGAAAAAGUUUUGUUAAAUACUUCUGGCCAACAGUUCCUCGAUGGUAUUGAAUAUAUGUAUCGCGUUCGAAUUUCACCAAAUCGUCUAUCCGUAUUGGAAACAACAAGUGGAAAAUUUAUUUUACAGUUUCAUUCAAGAUGCGAUAUUCGACCUUUUGCUGCGAAUUAUCCAAGUUUUCAAAGGCUUUUACGUGGUAUUGUACAUAUACAUGCCUGGCGCAUCAGUUCUAUUGAUUUUAUCAAUGUUGAUUUUAAAAUGACAGAUUUAGUAGAUGUUGAACGAACAAUAGAGAAACUGGAAGUUCGAUUAGUGCUGCUUCGGAAUUGUAGGUUUACAACAAUAACGCGACCUACACAUGCUUAUCGAUUCUUACUUGCCUUAAAUCGGAAGAAGCAAGCAAUUGUUUGCGAAUAUGGCGAUGACAGGUUGAAGGACCGAGUUUUAAUGGGGCAACAACCACAGCCAAAUCCCACUAAUGAUGCUCCAGGCUUGGAUGCGGGUCCCGUUGUUUAG